AUGCUCUCUCCGGAGGCAGCAGUUUUGAAUAUAACCAAAUGGGAUAAUGGGACGGCGGGGGACACCGCGAACAGGAGUCUGUGCAGCGGGCAGCGCCGGUGGGGCGGGCCGCGGAUGCGGCAGCCCUGGAGGACCGUGCACAGCGGCCCGGAGCGGCCGGAGGCGUGCCGCGCGGACCUGGCUCCCGAGGCGGCCCGCGAUGCCCCGCUUCACAGGACGCGGCUGGGCCUUCAGACCCCACGGCCUCCGACCCACAGGAGGGCCCUGAGCCAGCAGAAGAGCUCCCCAGGACCUCCCCUCCUAGGAAAGCGGCUCGGCUCCCUUGGAGUGAGGUCCUACCGCAGACCCCAGCCCCGCCAGGCAGCCAAGAUGGGCCCCGACAGGCUUCCACAGCAGCUCCUUGUGGGGAAAUUGUGGGUCACCGCCCAGCUUCAGGGUAGAAACACAUGUGGACGGGCUGAGGCAGAGCCCUGGGCCUGGGGGGGUCUGCGGUGCUGGCGGUGGGGAGAGGGGGCAGGCGGGAGCUGGAAGGGCCGAGCCUGCCUCGGGCUUCGCUCUGACCUCUGGUCCAUCCUGUCCGCCCUGGAGUACAGCCUGGGCUUGGCGGGUCAGCCGGAUGGGCGUGGCCCUGGACCGGCGGCCAGGAUUGUCAAAUGCAGGCAGCACGUGUGGUGCAUGGUGGCCCUGAGCGGCAAGCGGCCAGAGGAACUGAGAACUGUGCUCUACCUACCUGCCACACUUCAGACUAUUUUCCCGGACCCCAGUGGUCCAGAGCAGAGCUUUGUCGAGAAGCAGCAGCAGAAGCUCGUCAGGUUCUGCUGGCAUCUCUCAGACUCCCCCCGGGUUUCAGAGUACCUGAUCUGCUCCCCGACUGCCCACCCCAGCACUCACACAGGCCCACACGCACACGGGGCCCUCGGUCCGACAUUUCUGCGAGUAAACACCGCCCCUCGAGCCCAGUUCUCGCCUCACAAGCCGGGGCUUAUCCUGAGAGCUCAGUGA